AUGGCUGGCCUCGGUGCCGUGGCUGGUCUGGCUGCAGCAGGUGUGGCUGGCAAGCGAGCCAGCAAGGGACGCACCUCCAUGCAGGCCGUGGGCGUUGGCAUCAAUGGCUUCGGCCGCAUCGGCAGGCAGGUGGCCCGCAUCGCCAUGAAGGAUCCGGAGACCGAGCUGAAGUUGAUUAAUGCCAGUUAUGAUGCCGAUUACUUGGCAUACAUGAUGAAGUACGAUACCAUUCAUGGGAAGUACGAUGGAACGGUGGAGAUUGACGGCGACUCCCUGGUCAUUGACGGCCAGAAGGUGGCCUUGUCCCACACCCGCGAUCCCGCUGAGAUCCCCUUCGGCGAGCAUGGUGCAGAGUACGUUUGCGAGUCCACCGGCGUGUUCCUGACCACCGAGAAGGUGCAGCCGCACUUGAAGGCCGGUGCUAAGAAGGUGAUCUUCUCCGCUCCCGCCAAGGAUGACUCCCACACCAUCGUCAUGGGCGUGAACGAGGACACCUACGAUCCCUCCAUGGAGGCCGUGUCCUGUGCCUCUUGCACCACCAACGGCCUGGCCCCAGCAGUGCGUGUCCUGCAAGAGAAGUUCGGCAUCAAGCGUGGCCUCAUGACCACUUGCCACGCCAUGACCGCCUCUCAACCCACCGUGGAUGGCACCUCCAAGAAGGACUGGCGCGGUGGCCGUGCUGGCCCCGGCAACAUCAUUCCCAGCUCCACAGGGGCAGCCAAGGCUGUGGCGAAGGUCAUUCCGGAUGUGAAGGGCAAGCUGACCGGCAUGGCCUUGCGCGUGCCUACCAUCGAUGUGUCCGUGGUCGACCUGACCGUGGAGUUGGAGAAGGAGACCACCUACGAGGAGAUCUGCGCCGAGAUGAAGAAGCGCUCCGAGGGAGACAUGAAGGGCUACCUGGGCUACACGGACGAGGCCUUGGUGUCGACUGACUUCGAGACCAACCCGAUCUCUUGCACAUUCGACUCCAAGGCUGGCAUCAUGCUGGACCCCACCUUCGUCAAGGUGGUGUGCUGGUAUGACAACGAGUGGGGCUACAGCUGCCGCGUUGUCGAUUUGAUCAAGCACAUGGCCAAGGAGGCGAGAAAGCAGAUUGCCUACGGGGCUACGAGGCAGGAAGUCGGCGAGAUAUCUUGGCAAACAGCGCGGAACCCUGACAUCCGGACAUACGGCCUUGCCUGGGGCGUUCCGGGCUGGAUCGGAAAUGGCACCUUCUUCAGCAAGGACAACAUCUUUUACCACGUGUCCUGGCUGAAGUGCAUCAAGGAGACCCUUGACAUCGAAAUUGACUAUGUCGGAAUUUGGAACGAGCGAGAUUGGGGUGCAGCUUGGUACGUGUCCGAUUUUGCUGCCGCCAUCAAGGAAGCAAACUUGACAACCAAGCUGGUAAUGCUCGAUGCGGUCGCUUCACAGGUAAAGCAAGACUUCCUGAGCAAGUUCGAGGAAGAUGAGCCGGGGGCUGGAUAUGGCAAGGAAAUAGACCUUGCCACUGUGCAGAAGGCAGAACAACAUGCUCCUCCAACCGUUCUGGUUGAUGGCCAACAGUACAAUGCCGUGCAGUACCUUGGCGUAAACUUGUUCACUGCGCCUGGAACCGAAGCUGAUGGCUGCUUUGGCGAUGCGGACGAGAUGGAGCAAUGUUACUUAGGCAGUGACAAGGUGCGUGAUGACAUUGCACGGCGCCUCCAAAUCUUGAUUGAUGCAGUUGAGCAGGCUUUUUCCUCGGAACAUUGGGAUCGAAGCCCAAGCACGCUGAAAAUCGUCUUGCUCCCGGAGUUCUAUUGGCGCGGCAAGCAGGGAGCAUACCGCGUUUCACCUGGACUCGAGCAUGCGGCACACUCCACGGUACGCUUCAUCUUCAAUAGAUUUGCACAUGAGCGCUUCAAGCAUUGGUUGAUCAUUGAUGGCACGGUGGUGAUGGCCCAAACCACUGACGAGCGGUAUGUGCGCAUGUCCGGUCGACCAGGCGAUAACAUCACAUACUUCAAUUUUGCUCCUGUUCAUGUUGGCGGUACGAACAUCACGUAUUUGAAGUUCAAGCGCUUCGUCAGCGGCAUAGAUUUCCUGAAGGCAGGCCCCAAAGACUCUCGCGUAAUUCCACCACCGCCCCACAGCUCCCAUGAGUUUUGUCGAAAGCAUCCGGAUUCCAACGGUUGUACGUAUAGCAGCCGAUUGCCCAGACAUUUGCUGCAACAGCUCGGCUUCGGACCUGACAUUGAGCUGCCGAAUGGUUUGCUGAACAUCGGAGGCCUCAAGAUUGGUUUGGAGAUCUGCUUAGAUCAUGCAAUGGGGCAGCUGUGCAACAGAACUUUAUCAGAUGGCCAGACUGUGGACGUCCAGUUGAUCAUCUCGGCAGGCAUGAACAUUGCCUCCGGUCCUGUUUGCACGGCUAAGGGAGGGCCUGUUUUCCUUGCUGAUGGUUUCGCCAGGACAGAAGUAAGCUUGAAUGCCUUCGGGAACGGUCGGCACGCGACCCUCACUCCCAACCAUGAACGUCGCUUCAAUGUUGGGAUUGCCUAUGGGGCUGAUGUCAUGGUUUCAAUGCAGCAGUGGAUUGCGGAUACCAUUUAUAGCAUCACAGGAACAGGUUUCGGGACUCGCUUCCCGGGGCUUGGGACUUUACCUGGUGGCAGUUUCAGCUCUGGAGACACUGGUGUUCCCUUCAAGCAGAUUUCCGCGUUGGGAGAAUACUGGGAGGUAGAGCUCGAAGGCUUUUACAACACAGGCAACUACAAGGAGGCUAAGCGCACUCAGGAGUCCCUCCUGAGGGCCCUGCUGAGGUUGGAAAACCGAGAAAGCCUAGCCGUGUCAGAAGAUAUUUUGAUGCCGAAGACCUACCCCACGAUUGAUAUCUAUGGCCCCUUCAAGGUACCAGGCCGUGGUCCUGAAGAGCUCUAG